GGUAGGUAUAACCAGUGCCUUGGAGUGCGUCACGCGUGUCGGUUUCGUAUCAUUGAAGUGGUAUUUUCACAAUGAAAACAAUAAUAUUGACAUUGUGUCUAUGGAAUCUUCUUUAUCGGUAUACUGAUGCUCAAAGUGCUGACAAUGUUCCGCUGGGUCCGAUCGAGAGUUUCAUACGCACAAACUUGAUAGGGCAUCCAGUAAUCCUCAAACCACAGACUUGGGAAUUUGAUCCUGAUAUUGCUCUGCGCCGAAGAAAACAGUUUAUCGAGCUGAAUGGUGAUAAAGGGGAAAAAUUAAUCGAAAGAAUUGGUCUAGGCAUAGAUGGUCGGGAUCAAGAAAGAUUACUCAGACAAAGACAAAGGGAUGAAGGACAUUUGGGAGGAUUAAAUUAUUUUCUACCAUGAUACUGUAGUAUAAGUAGAUAGUACAAAUUAAAUAUUC